GUCUCUGCCAUCCAGGGGCAGCGUCACUGGACCAACUUUACUCUUCGAUGUUGAUGAGCUCAACUUUGGUGACAUCUCCUUUGGCUUUCCCUACACCCAGUGCUGUCGGCUCACUAACACCUCUGUGGUGCCCGUGACGUUCAAGCUCCGCAUGUCAGACGAUGGCACGCAGCCGGCUGUUGACAGCAUUGAUCAAAUACGCAGUGACAGUGACCCAUCCUGGAGGAAGGGAAUUCAUUUUUAUGUGGAGCCAAGGGAGUUUAGAAUGAAUCCCAGCCAAGGGACCAUCCUCCCCCAGGAACACCAGGAUAUCGAGGUGACCCUGUGUUCCAACUCAGUGAUGGAGUUCUACAGGCCAAUGCUGGUGGAUCUGGAGGGUGUUGGCAAGGGAGUGGCAUCACUGGUCAUCUCAGCCAGAUGUCUCGUUCCUAAGCUGCAUGUGAACCCUGGAAUCCUGGUCUACGAUGAGUGCCGCCUGAAGGUGCCAUACGAGAGGAAGUUCCUUGUUACAAAUAGCACCGAUCUUCCUGGCUGCUAUGGGCUUAUUCCUCAGAAACGCAAGGAAAACUCUCCUGUGUUCUACUCCAGCCCCAAACCCUGUGGGAUUGUCCAGCCUCACAGCUUUGCAGAAAUCCCAGUUUUAAUCGAAGUCCAAACACUGGGCAAGCAUCGCACCAGUGUUCUUAUCGGCGUGUUUGGGGAUGAGAGAAACCCACUGGUGAGUGCAAGGGGAGAUGUCACUGUAGAAAUCCCAGUUUUAAUCGAAGUCCAAACACUGGGCAAGCAUCGCACCAGUGUUCUUAUCGGCGUGUUUGGGGAUGAGAGAAACCCACUGAGAGCAGAAUUACGUAGCUCUGGAGAGCUGGCAGAAAUCUACCCAAGUCCAAGGCUGAUAGAGUUUGGCACGAUCCCAGUACUGCAGCCUACUUCACGAAGCUUUAGCCUCCUCAACGAGAGUCUCGUCCCUACAGACUUCAGGAUAGAGAUGGCCUCGAGACCCCAGUGCUUUGUCAUUGAACCCAGAGAAGGAGUGAUCCCUGCUAGGGGUGAGGUGCCUGUGACUAUCACAGCAAUGCUGGAUGACACUGGGCAUUUUGCUAACAGUGUCCGGCUGUUGAUUGGGAACAGCCUUUGGACCGCCUGCGGGCUGGUGGCUUUGGGCACUGGCACCACAAUUGUCAUAGACAAGCCAUUCGCCCCGGAGCUCAAUUUGGGAUACCAGUUCAGCCUCCUUCCCUGUAUUCGUCAGUUCAAAGUAACAAACCAGGGCCGCCGUUACCAUCGGCUCUUCUGGAGCAUCAGCUCACCUGAGAAGGAGGGCCAGAGUGUCUCAGCCCUCAGUUGCCCCAAGGAUGAUUCCCAGAGCCCCAAAAGUGCCAGCCCUGUGUUUGAGCUGGAGCCAUGGUUAAUGGAGCUGCAGCCAGGCCAGUCUGCGGACAUGGUGGUGCAAGGCUUCUCCCCCAUCCCGCAGGAGGUGCAGGCUCAUGUGAUGUGUGAAGCUGACAGUGGGCCAGCCAUCAAGACAGAGAAGACAAAGAUAAUAGAAACAGUCAUUACCUGCAAAUAUAUUGAACCCUCUAUAGAAGUGUCAGCCAGACAUUUCUCUUUCCGUGUGGAGAAGAAAUCCAGUGAUAUCCUGACUCGGCAGUACAAGCCUUUGUCUUUAAAAAACACCUGCCUGCUGCCACUGGACCUUAUGCUGGACUUGGAGCAGCCGUUCCUGGUCUGUGAUGAGGACCAGCAGCCCCUCCCAGAUGGCCAGCCUGUGAGAGUGGAUGUAGGGGAGACCUGUCAUCUCUACAUUGCAUUUGACCCAGCUUAUGAACUGAAUUUUAAGAGCUGGAAAAAAGAGAAGAUGCUAAAGAUAAAUUUGGUCAGGGACCAUCCUUUUGUGGAGCGUAUUGUCCUUUGGGGAGAAGUCCGCUUCCCACAUCUCCACAUCCAGCCCAGCACCCUAGAGUUUGGCUGCAUCGUGGCUGGCACUGAAGAAGUGCGCUCUCUGAAGAUGACCAACUGCAGCUCUCUUCCCGCCCAGUACCACUGGUCAUUCCAUUCCAGCAGCCAGGUUUACAGGUUGAGAUAUGAGCUUCGCUCACCUAAAUUCAAACCCCACCCACCAAAGGAGAAGAGAACCUGUUUGGAUUCCUCGGCAUCUCAAAGGAGACGUUUCAAGAUUAGAACCGUGGAGGAGCCAGUCACAGCCCUGGAAGAAUUGUGGGAUAUUGCCCAAUCUUUAGGAGCACAGGUGCCACCAGAAGCUCAUGAAGAGUAUUACAUCCCACAAGGGUUGGAAGGAUUCGGGUGUUCUCCGAGUGUACCGCACACUUCUCUCAAAGCGGAGGUGCCACCAGAAGCUCGUAGAGGGUAUUACAUCCCACUAGGGUUGGCAGGAUUCAGGUGUUCUGUGGAUGUACCGCACACUCCUCUCAAAGCAGAGAAGGCUUUCAGUAUCCUGCCGCUGUCAGGUGUGCUGCAGCCAGGAGAGAGCCAGGAGGUCUCCUUCACCUUCUCUGGCCCCUUCUACACCAUCGCCCAUGUCAAAGCGCUGUGCCACGUGGAGGGAGGCCCCACCUACGAGGUGGUGCUGACCGGGCAGGCCUCACACAUGAGCUACUCCCUGAGCCUCCGGGAGAUCAAAUGUGGCUUUCAGAUGUUUAAUGAAAUUCAUCACAGCAAUGUCACCCUGGAGAACAGUGGCAAGAUUGAAUUCAGCUGGGUGCUAAACCCUAGCCCUGCAGACCAGCAUCGGCCUGGUGUGUUUUUGGUCAACCCCACCACUGGCUCCAUUCCACCUGGCGAGAAGCAAGUGCUGGAAUUCUCUUACAUGCCAGGAUUACCAGGAGCCUUCAGCAGGACUUACCAGCUUACAGUGGGUGACCUGGACCCGGAAAAUAUCUGCCUGAAAGGAGAAGCGUUCUGUCCCAUGAUCAGUGUGAACCUGCCCUGGAACAUCAAAGGUGGGCACUGCCUGUCUGCCCCCAGGAAGGGCCCCUUUGGUUUUGUUCCCUACCAUAUGCCCAUAGGGCAGCUCAUGCCCACCUUCACCAAGGCUGGAGGGUUGCAGGACUCCCAGACCAAGUCAAGCCCUCUUCGUGAGUCUUGAGCAGA